ACAACACAGUUCACUAUUAACUGCUCGAUUCUGCUGGUUAAACUCGAGUGAUUCGAUUAGCGGUUAUUUCGGAUCAGCUCAUCAAACGGAUUAUUCAUCCUGAUUGUUUCAUCCAUCAGAAGAGCCGUUUAUCUACACAAGACUGCGUGAAUCACUGAUAGAUCCGAAGGAAAACAACCCAUCCGUGUUGUAUCAAUAGCAAGCCUCUGCACUCUCUCUCUCUCCAGCAUCACAGGAUGGCUGAUGUCAGUGCAGAAUGCAACAUAAAGGUGUUGUGUCGAUUCCGACCCCUGAAUCAGUCUGAAAUCCUCCGUGGCGACAGAUUUAUUCCCACAUUUCAGGAAGAUGACACUGUCAUCAUUGGGGGCAAGCCGUAUGUCUUUGACAGAGUUUUCCCCACCAACAGCACACAAGAGCAGGUGUACAACACCUGUGCCAAACAGAUUGUCAAAGAUGUUCUGGACGGAUACAACGGCACCAUCUUUGCAUACGGACAGACGUCUUCUGGAAAAACUUUCACUAUGGAGGGAAAACUUCAUGAUUCUAACGACAGAGGAAUUAUUCCUCGGAUUGCUGAAGACAUCUUCAACCACAUUUACACCAUGGAUGAAAAUUUGGAGUUCCACAUUAAGGUCUCGUACUUCGAAAUCUACAUGGACAAAAUUCGUGACCUUCUUGAUGUGAGUAAGACAAACUUGUCUGUGCAUGAAGACAAGAACAGAGUUCCGUAUGUGAAGGGUUGUACGGAGCGUUUUGUCUCCAGUCCUGAAGAAGUGAUGGAUCUUAUAGACGAGGGCAAAGCAAACCGCCACGUCGCUGUAACAAAUAUGAACGAGCACAGCUCGAGGAGUCACAGUAUCUUCCUCAUCAACAUCAAACAAGAACACGUGGAGACAGAACAGAAACUCUGUGGGAAACUUUACCUCGUGGAUCUGGCUGGAAGUGAGAAGGUGAGUAAGACAGGUGCAGAGGGAGCUGUCCUGGAUGAAGCCAAGAACAUCAAUAAAUCUCUGUCCGCUCUGGGGAACGUUAUAUCGGCUCUAGCUGAAGGAACGAAGACUCACGUACCGUACAGAGACAGUAAAAUGACGAGGAUCCUACAGGAUUCUUUAGGAGGAAACUGUAGAACCACUAUGUUCAUCUGCUGCUCUCCUUCUGCCUUUAAUGAUGCCGAGACCAAAUCAACACUCAUGUUUGGACAACGUGCAAAGACGAUAAAGAACACAGCUUCAGUGAAUCUGGAGCUGACAGCAGAACAGUGGAAGAGAAAAUAUGAGAAAGAGAAAGAGAAGAACAAGAACCUGAAGGAGAGCAUGCAACGACUGGAGGCGGAGCUUAACUGCUGGCACAACGGUGAAUCAGUGUUUACUGUCCAGUCUGACAUCAGCGAUGAUGCGGCUUUAGACGGUCAGACCAACAGAGACACAAAUUCACCGUGUGCCAAACUCACUGAGGAAGACAAGCUCAAAUAUGAGGAAGAGAUAUGCAAACUCUAUAAACAACUCGAUGACAAGGACGAUGAGAUUAAUCUACAGUGUCAGUUAGUUGAAAAACUGAAGGAGCAAAUGCUGGAACAAGAGGAGCUGCUAGCAUCAUCGCGCUGUGACGGUGAGCGUGUGCAGUGCGAGUUGAGUCGUCUGCAGUCGGAGAGCGACAGCGCGAAGGCUGAGGUGAAAGAAGUUCUACAAGCUCUUGAGGAACUCGCUCUGAACUACGACCAGAAGAGCCAAGAAGUCCAAGACAAGACUGCCCACAACAGACAGCUCGCCGAGGAACUGUCGCACAAAACCUCGGAUCUGAUGUGUUUGGAGGCGGAGUUUUCAAGGCUACAGGAAUUGAGUGGCCAGCAGAAGAAACGAAUCACUGAGAUGUUAAACACCCUCAUGAAGGAUCUAAACGACUUCAGCUUCAUAUUGGGAAAUAGUGAAAUCAGAAUGCUGUGUGAUUUUUCAGGUGUGUUAGAAGAGGAGUACGCAGUGGUGUGUGUGUAUGUGAGUAAGGUGAAGUCUGAGCUGAAGUCAAUGGUGAAACGCUGCAGAUAUCUGGAGAGUUUACAGUCAGACUGUCAUCGAAAGAUGGAGGAGACCGGACGAGAACUUUCGAGCUGUCAGCUGCUCAUAUCACAGCAUGAGGCAAAGAUUCGCUCUCUGACAGAGUACAUGCAGAACGUUGAACUAAAGAAGAGACAGCUGGAGGAGAAUUACGACUGUCUGAGUGAAGAACUAGCCAAACUACAAACUGCAGAGAGCAAUCCAGAUAAUCAACAGCACACUGACGAGUCUGGAAGUGUGAAGCAGAACUCAGACGCUCAUCAUGAACCACAACACAAGCAGCUCGGACGUCUGCGUGACGACAUCAACCACAAACAGAAGAUCAUCGAUGAGCUCACAGAUGAGAAUCAGCGGUUGAGUUUAGAGAUGGAGCAGAUGAAUGUUGAGUUUACCGCACUGAAGAAUCGAGAACAUGAGAAAACUGUACAACUAGAGGAGCUCAGAUAUCUCAAUGAACGUCAUGAACAGGCUAAACAGGACAUGAAGGGGCUGGAGGAAACAGUUGCUCGAGAGCUCCAGACCCUCCACAACCUGAAGAAGCUGUUUGUUCAAGACCUCACGACUCGAGUUAAACAGAGUUCUGAGUUGGAGCUUGAUGACAGUGGGGGGAGUUCAACCCAGAAAAAGAAGAUUUCCUUUCUUGAAAACAACCUGGAACAGCUUACGAAAGUUCACAAACAGUUGGUUCGUGAUAAUGCAGAUUUGCGCUGUGAACUUCCAAAGUUGGAGAAACGUCUUCGUUCUACGGCUGAGCGUGUUGGGGCGCUGGAGGACACACUGAAAGACACUAAAGAAGGAGCCAUGAAGGACCGUCGGCGUUACCAACAGGAAGUGGAGCGCAUCAAAGAUGUCAUGAGAGCCAAAAACCCGUUCAGACGACCUCAUGCGGCUCUCAUUGCCAAACCGAUUCGUCCAGGACAUUACCCCGCCUCUUUAUCUGUCAAUCACAUGUUUAUGCGCUCCGGGGAUCAGCCAAUCACAUUCAGCAAUGUGAUGUUCAGCAGCGCCAGUCAAAAGCCCAAAUCAACUCCAGCAAAAACCGACUUCAGUCAAACCAGCAAAGCGUCAGAAGACGAGAUCACAGUGAAUCCUGCUAAAUCCUUGAACUCCACUCUGAACAUCACCAACGGAAACGCCACCGACAUGAAUGAUAACAGCAUGACGCUCAAUGUCGACCAAUCAGAAGAUCUCCAACAUAUUCGACAAGAGAAGCCUUGUCCAUAAUACUCCAGUGGUUUAAUCCAUGUCUUCAGAAGUGAUAUGAUAGGUGUGGGCAAUUCAUACUUCAAUACUGAAUUCUGCUUUGUACCUUUUGCAUGUUGCCUGAAGUUCUCAGUGACGUCCACUCGACUUUAUUCUUUAAUUUAACUCAGUUUUCACAGAGCCGUUAGACACCAGUGUGUGCCGUGGUUGAGAGUGACAUCACACACAUGACCAGCAAUUGGCGUUGUUGUUUAGUUACGUGCAGGGAUGUCUGAAAGUCUGAGACCACUAGUGAAAAUUAUAUUAUCAGCAUAAAAAUUUUUUUUUUUUACAUUUACAAAUGUGUAUGACUGUUGUAGUAUGCAAGGAAAUCUGAAGAGUUCACAUGAUCUAUGUCACAAAUUUACUUGCAUGCCUUUAGUAACCUAGAAAUAGUGGAGAAUCUUAAAUAUUUCUUAUUCAGUUUAAUUCUUCUUUAAAAUGUCUAUUUUUACUUCAUGAAAUGUUUACAUUGCAAAGUCACAUUUUAAGAGAUGAGCAGAAAUUGAAGUUGAUAUGAGAUUUAAAGCAUUUAAUACUAAUGAAGACAAACCAUUUGAUAGUGUUAGUAACUGUCAACAUCUUGCGAUCACAAAGAGUGUCAUGACGAAAUUCUGUAGCUAUUUUUAUGUAGUUAACUAUUACAUAACUAUUACUGUAACUAUUUUUAUACUCAUAUUUAUAUGACAGAGUAGCAUUAUGUUGGCCAGUGUAUUUGGAUGCGCAGAUUUAUAUGCAUUAUUUAUCUCUGUAGCAGUAUUGUUGCAUAAUUUAAACAUAUUUUAUUACUCAAAAAGUGUGAGAACUUAAUGAAUUCAGAAAGAAUGGUAAAGAGAAUAUAUAUAUAUAUAUAUAUAUAUAUAUAUAUAUAUAUAUAUAUAUAUAUAUAAAUAGAAGGGAAAAGAGGAUAAAAGUCCAUUCUAAGUAGACUGGAUUUGUUUUUUAACCCUCCUAUGUUAUUCGGUCAUUUUUAACCAAGAUACAUUUUCCUAAUUUAAUAAGAAUGGUUUCCUUUAUCUGAGCAGUAAAAGACUUGGUGACUUUUCCUCCAUUUGCCAUUUUAACAAAAAAUAAAUAAAUAAAUAAAUGGGCUUGAUUCAACAAGUCUAAGAGGUCGUAAAAAAGAAGCGACACCUUUGGUAUUUGUGGUCAAAAUUGACCAACCAUUGAAAAUGUGUUACACCUGAGACUUUUGCCCUAGUGGCCACCAGAGGUCGCUAGGUGUUUAUGAGACUUUUAGUUUGAAGUUUAGUUUACCUUUUGUGUCUCUGUUCCUAGUUCCUGCCCUGAUUGUUCCCAGCUGUUUCUCAUUUACCUUGUUUGCCCCAAUGUAUUUAAUGUCCUUGUGUUUGCUUGUGUCUUUGUCAGUUGUUUCCUGUUAUCCCCAUGGAUGUGACGUUUGUUCUGUUCACGAGUUUUAGUUUUGUUCCUGUGUUUUUAUGUCACACCUGAGACUUUUGACCUAGCGACCUCUGGUGGCCGCUAGGGUAAAAGUCUCAGGUGUGACAAAAUGAAUGGGAAAGAGCAAAAAACAGAGCAAUUUUUUUUAUCUGUCAAAUACAAUCAAUAAAUCAGCCACAAUGCAGAAAAAAAACCCCAAAAAUUACAGGGUGAGACUCUAAAACAUCCUCAGUGCAAAACAUACACACCCACGCACACACAGACUGUGUCUUCUCUUUGUAACACCAUGGUCAGGUUUGAUUGCAAGCAUAAUGACAUUAACUGCAAAAACUGACAUUUCAAAUACAUUUUAAAAUGCUAAACUUUGACAAAUAAUAGUUUGGUAAUGUCUACAUAUAUACCCAAAUGCAUAUCUUGUGAUAAACUAUAAAAUUAGGUUACAAUAAGCCAUCAGACUACACAGUAUGUGUCUACAGUCAUCUACUGGCUGUUACUGGCAUGACAUGAUUUACAAGUCAUGUUAUUUAUAUUUUGUUCACCAGAUGGCAGCAAUGGCCUCCAAUUUAUGUCACAUUGUCAUAUUGUCUUCAUGUUUCAACUUAUAGAAGUGUAGGUUCUGAAUUUUUAUUUUUUCAAAAAUUUGCUUUUUUGUCUUUGCAAGUGAAUGGUAAUAUUUAGACAUGUACAUGUAAAUAAGAUCAAAAUAGCAUAAAAUCCCAAAAGAAAUGCAUAAUUUAUUGUUCUUACUUCAAGGAAGAAAUGGUAUCAUUAUCAUCAUAAAAAAAAGGGUUACAUAUCUAAACCUUCCGGUCAAAAAUGACCACGAAUACCAAAGGGAGGUGCCAUUUUUCAAUACCAUAGGAGGGUUAAAUCAGGGCUUUAAAUGCAUCAGAAAUAAGGUUGAGUUUGAGAAAAGAUACACACAUUUUCUGAAAAUUUCUGUGUGUUUAUGGUCUGACCUUUGACCUCUUUACACAUCCUGAUCUGUCAGUUAGGAUGAGAGGAACAAGUCAGAUGGCAAGAAUAAUAUUUUUUGAUGGUGCUGAAGGUAUUUAUAAUGCACUAAAAUGCACUUUAUAAUACCACUUAUAUUCAGCUGUAUGAUCUUUGAUAGUUGUAUCUGCUGUUGUAAUAUAUUAUAAUGCGUACCUAGUGAUGGUUACACCUUAACUUUAUUAAAACACAUGCACAGUGUGUUAUUUCAUGUGUAUAUAUACGUCAAAGUUUAUAAUGUCUUAUAAUGCAUUACUCUUUCAAAUUUACCCACAAAUGGGUAGUUUAGGUGAUAUACAUAACUGCUUUUACACUUGAAAAUAUAUAAUGCAUUAUGAUGUGUAUUAUAAGGCAUUAUAAAGUGUGUUUUUACAUCCUAAAAUGUCCAGUUUUGAACUUCCUGUGUGGGCAAUUUUCUAGCCGCUGUAACAUCCUUCCAUCAAUUCUCUAAUGAGAAAUCGCACUGCUAAAAAUCUAUUUCUAUUUCAAUAAAAAUAUCUAAACAUUCUUAAAAUAAGAUACAUUUACUUGAGAAGCAAAAUGGCGCAAUAUAUUUUGUUUUGUUUGCAGAGAAAUCUAACAAUGUUUAGUUACGUUUAUGCUUAUAACGAGAAACAAAUAUUUGCCAAUGGGUUGAGAAAAAAACUCGAUUUAAAGGGAAAACCAGAUAAUUUUGAUUACCCCUUUGGCAAAUAGUUGUAUCCCCUUCUAAACAUAAACCGCACCAAAUUUGGUGAGAUUUCUCUGAAAACAAGACAUAUCUCAUGCCAUUUUUGCUCCUCAAGUCAUUUUUCCUUGUUUUAAGGACGUUUAGGUAUUUUUACUGGAAAAUAAGACAAAAAACAAAACAAAAGAUUUUAUGCUCUUGUCUGAUUUAAAAGAAUAAUAAUAAAUAAAGGUUCUGUGCAUUCAUGCAAAUAAUAAACUUUGUAAAUGUAUAGUUAAAUGCUUGAAUGGCACAUGUGCGGUGACAUGAGGAUGUGUUUUAUUAUUUAAUUGUCUUUUUGUUGCACUUUGUUGUAUUUUGUUUUAGUUGUGCAUGAAGGACAACGUACUUUCAAGCAGAAGAACUUGAAACAUGUUUCAAUAAAGAGAAUC